AUGCAAAAAGAUGGCUGUGUGCGCACUGGCGAGGGUUUGGAUGUGGGCGCGCCGAGGGGGCUGCGCACAGGGAGACUGACGAAGGACCAGCUGAUUGCCCAGCUGGAGGAGGGAGACCGGAACCCUGUCUCUGAGGGAAGCAGCCAGGCAGAUGCAGCGCAGUCACCAGUGCCUGUCCCCCCGGGGAGUGGUCAGACGGCGGAUGAGGGCUUCCCGAGACCCCCCCUUCCUAGGCCUAGGGGAAGGGCGGGGAGGAGCCCAGCGAAUGCCGAGGGCACCGUGACCCCCCCGGCCAGCAGGGGAUCCUGGCAGCGAAGCUCACCCCCCAGCAGGGGAUCCUCCCGGCGACGCUCGACAGCUGUGGAGCAGCCGUGGCUGGAAGAGGAAAGGAAGUUGAGACAGGAGGAGCUCGAGUUAAAGAGGCAAGAGCUGGAGGAGAAGGAGAAACAGCGUAAACAUGAGCUGGAGGAGAAGGAGAAACAGCGUAAACACGAGCUGGAGCUGGCCCAGCUGAGGAGCCGUGAGGCCCCGGCUGCGGUGAGUGAGGGGGGACCCAAGCCUACACCGAGCUUUGAUAAGCACUUGCUGCCCCGGCGUAAGGAGGGGGAGGACAUAGAUACCUUCCUGACGGCCUUUGAGAAUGCCUGCGAGCUGCAAGGGGUUGGCCCUGCAGAAAGGAUCGCAGUUCUCACCCCCUUACUGGACUCCACAGCCGUGGAGGUGUACAGCCAACUGAAAGGGGCGGAGGCAGGGGACUACGAACUGUUCAAACAGGCCCUGCUCCGCGAGUUUGGGCUGACUCCUGAGAUGUACCGGAAAAGGUUCCGGAGUCAGCGUAAAACCCGUGAGGUCACAUACCUGCAACUGGUCAACCGGGCCCAGGGGUAUGCCCGCAAGUGGACAGCUGGGGCCCAAACUAAAGAGGACCUGCUUGACCUAUUCAUCCUGGAGCACCUGUACGAGCAGUGCCCGUCCAACCUGAGGCUGUGGUUGAGGGACCAGAAGCCGGAGAACCCGCAGCACGCAGGCCAGCUGGCCGACCAAUUUGUGGACAGUUGGGCAGGGGAUGGCAGGGAGGAGUCUCGAAGGAGCUGGCCUGCUUCAACGCAGAGAGAGAAUCAUCAUGGGACCUCCCAGCGGGGGCCUAUGGAGAACCCCCCCAAAAGGGGAACAUCCAGUGUCAGGUCCCUCCGACCCACUCAAGGGGACCCACGAGACAUGGGCUGCUAUCAAUGUGGCCAACGAGGCCACAUACGGGCCCAGUGCCCCAAGCUCAGGGGCAGACCGAGCAGACCCAACCCACAGAGGGUGGACUGGGUAAAAACCCAAUUGGAGGGAGGGCUACAUUCCCAGGAAAGGGGGGCUGGCAACAUAUCACCUGUGGAUGCUCCAGGCUCCGGGUUUUUGGUUUACAGGGUGGGUGCGGUGCUGCCCCUCCGGAAGGAGUGCCAUGUGUCCCUGGAGGUAGAUGGGAGGGAGGUCACUGGGUACUGGGACAUGGGCACAGAGGUGACGCUGGCCCGGCCCGAGGUGGUGGCCUCAGAUCGGAUGUUCUGGUGCCCACAAUUCAAGAAGGAUGUCGCUGAAUGGGAGGGGUCAGAGAAGAGCCAUGAGAAUGAUGAACAGGUUGGCAAACAGCUGCAUCGAUUGAACUUCUCUUUGGGAGGCUACGGGUGA